GGUUGGUUUCAUCAAGUCGGGUGUUUCUUGGCACUGGCACCGCUCUGCGCUUUUGCUGGCCCAGGCCGGUCUCAGCACCGUUAGGUGCUCUCUAAAGGCGACUGUCUGUCGUGGGUAGGAAAGCUGCUAUGGGACGACAGUUUUUUAGAAGUUUCUAGUCUAGCCCAGCUGGCGGUUUCUGGAUCGCAGAACCACUGAUUGCGCGGAGCUGGAUGUACUUCUGUGGACGCGCAUGUUUCUCUGUCGUAUCCCCACGGCUGUCGUCGAAAUUGCGGUGUUUCUCUGGCCCCACCGCCACGUGGGCAACUUCUUCAGUGGCUGCGGGGUUCCCUCCACUGAGUUGCUGGUUUUGAUCCACGCUUACUCCCAGAGAGCAGACGAGACACUUUUCUGUUUGUGUCAACUGCUAGUCGUGCUGUGCACAGUUUCCUCGUCUCGGUGCGGGGCUUUCUCCAUCCGAGGCCCUCUAGUGCCGGCGUCGCGGUCGCAGCACCCGGCGUUUCCGUUGGCUCUUUCGCCAGCGGCGCGGAGCCGGCGGUUUUGCUGUCACAGCACUUGCUGCACGGAGUUUCUCGGUAGCCGAACUUCUCUUUUUUUCUCAGAGUCGACGGUUUUUUGGUGACGGCACCGUUGGUUGCGCCAAAACAAAUGUUGUCCUUGACAACCCCGCCGGCUGCAUUCCCUUUCAGGCUCCUGGCACCGCCAUUUCGGCGAGCCGUGGUCUCUUGUUCACAGCUCUGUGCCUCCAUUUCUCGGUGGCGGCAGCCCUCAGGCCGCGGAUCUGAGAGAUUCAAAAUCGCAGCUGCCCCCGUUGCGCCGAGUCUGGCGUUGCCGGAUGGGUGCUGCAGGGCUGGGCGGGGGGAGCCCGACGCUCCACGGAGCCUGUGACAGGGGAGCUGCAGGGGCACAGUCUCUUCCCAGCGCCGCCGCACGGGUUCCGGCUCGGCCUCCAGAACGCAGUCCUGUGGCGGCGCCGCCGGCGUCUCUGUCGCAGGACCCCACGGUUUCGCGCGUCGUUGGCUUCUUGGUCCUAGCAAGUUUCGAUUUCGCGGUGCCUGGGAUUUCCACCCUCUGUCCAAGUAGGGGAAUAGCCAAAAUGUAUUUUCUCAGCCCAAGCAAGUCCUGACUUAAGACAAACACCGGUCUAGCCCUGGCUGCGAUAUCUAGGCCGUAGGAAGUCACCCGUUUCCCCAUGCGAAGGCGAAGUUACUCUGUGACUCGUUUGUCAGCAGCUCCGGGUUUCCAGUGGCCUCGGAUUUCUAAUCAUAACAACCAUGGGGUCAGCCUAGCCUCAAGUUUCUUAGUCCUAGCAAGUUCCGGUUUCCUACUGGUAAGACUCGCUUUAGCUGCGCAGGAAAUGUUUAACUCCUGUGGAAAUCUGAGUACCAGCGAAUGCUUUUUUUUUUUUUUUUUUUUUUUAAAGGUUUAGUGAUGACCAGUUUAGCAGUGUUGGGAGCUCUUAUACCAAGUUUGGUUUCGCAAUAUCGAGCCCUGUCUUAGUUAUGCUUGUGUGUUUUUAAAACUCCCGUGGAAGUCAGGAAAUGCCGGCGAUCGCGAUUUCUCAGUUUUACCAAGCUCCCUUUGACAAUAGCAAGUCCUGCCCAUCGAGACUUUUUCCUCUUGUAGACCAAAUCGGGAUGUACCAGCUACUACGAUUUUUUAGACGUAGCUAAACACGUUUAACCGUGGCUAUUUUUGUUUGUUUCUCGUAGGAAAUUAUGACAGGAGCAACCUGCAGGGGUUUAGAUUUGACAGAAAUAUUCUAAUGGUAGGCAUUGCAUCGCUUACCCAUAUUUGUAAUUUCUCCUUUGUAGGGGUUGGUUCUCUGUAACUUUUGCUUAUCUUAAAAUUAUUUUUGUGUCUUUUGCUCUGAGGACAAUGUUACCGAUGUGUUUUUCAUUUUUACUUGCAUUUCAGACUUUCAUUAUUUUAAAUUUUUAUUUUUAUUUAAAUGUUAUGUAUUUUUUUUCUUCUAAUUUUGAGCGUCUCAGAUUCGUGCUUCUUGACUUUCAUUCUCUCAGGAGCCGGGGAGCCGAGCUCGGUCUUAGCCUCGCUGGUAUCAUGUUCCGGGUUCUGUCUGGAGGCUCCGCUUCCUAUGCGGAGCUGGCGGUUUUGUAUCAGCACGUUUGCCAGUGGCACCCACUGGGCGUUUUCUCAGUUGCUGCACCCAACGUGACAUUUCCCGUUCGCGGGGUCCUUAGGUUCUCAGUGCUGUCACUUUCUCGCUCCUACAACCGCUAGUAUCUCCUAGGAACUUCCUGAACCCCGUUUUGCCGUGCAGAACGGUGAUUGCACCGAGCCGCUGUUCGCACUAGUAAUUCUGUGGUACCAUUAGCCGGCGCUUUUUCUGUCACAACCCAUUAAAACGGGUUAAAACAUAUUAAACCUAUCAAACACAUUGAACGGAUUAAAACACAUUAAAUGCCGCAACACAUUUUUAUGGUACAACACAUUGAAACAGAGUUGGUUCAUUCCUCCAAACCGGUUGUUUAGGUGUGGAAGCACCGCUCUUAGUUCUAAGAGCAUGUUGUUUCUCUUUAGCAGCACCCUUUAUGGCGCCGAAACGGAUAUUUGUUUGGCAAUACCAGCGCUAUCCGCUAGGUGCCGGCGCUUGCUAAGUUCUACGCGCCAGUUUCUCGUUUGCAAGGUGGUUAGGGCAGAGCCCUAGCAGACAGUUUUCCGGUGGCAGCAACGCUCAUUUCCUGGAAACGGGUGGUUCUUGGCCCUUGCAGCGCUCUUUAAUACCUGCGUUCUGUAGCGCUAGUUCUCUGCAAGAUUUGCUUAGUGUCAUUUCAUUUCGGUUUCUUUUCUCGCUAUGUUUUUCUGUCGGAAUUACGGUUCGUUUUGGUUCUAUGUACUCUCUAAAAUGUUAUCGUUUUUCAUUUGUCUACUAAUUUUCGUGCAUUUGUUACUACUGAGUUUCUUAAUAUCUGACUGGCCUCCGCCCACGGGCUCUGCAGAGCAUAAAUACUCAGGCUGAUGGUAGUGCAGAGACUCUCCCUCCUUGAUCAGCGCAAACGUUGGUCUGAGGCUUAAGGGAUGGAGCAACAUUUUCUUGGCUGUGUGAAGCUGGCUUGGGAUUCCGCAGAGGUGGCGCCAGAGCCCCAGCCUCCACCUAUUGUGAGUUCAGAAGAUCGUGGGCCGUGGCCUCUUCCUUUGUAUCCAGUACUAGGAGAGUACUCACUGGACAGCUGUGAUUUGGGACUGCUUUCCAGCCCUUGCUGGCGGCUGCCCGGAGUCUACUGGCAAAACGGACUCUUUCCUGGAGUCCAGAGCACCUUGGAACCAAGUACAGCGAAGCCCACUGAGUUCAGUUGGCCGGGGACACAGAAGCAGCAAGAGGCACCCGUAGAAGAGGUGGGGCAGGCAGAGGAACCCGACAGACUCAAGCUCCAGCAGCUUCCCUGGAGGAGUCCUCCCCAUCCCUGGGACAGACAGCAGGACACCGAGGUCUGUGACAGCGGGUGCCUUUUGGAACGCCGCCAUCCUCCUGCCCUCCAGCCGUGGCGCCACCUCCCGGGUUUCUCAGACUGCCUGGAGUGGAUUCUUCGCGUUGGUUUUGCCGCGUUCUCUGUACUCUGGGCGUGCUGUUCACGGAUCUGUGGAGCUAAGCAGCCUUUGAUAGCAGCAGAAGGCUUUUUGGAUUCUCCUCCUUGAAAAGAUUCUCAGUUACCAAACGUCUCCACCUAGAAAAUAAAAAUACAUUAAGAUGUGC